CCAAACCGAAUACGAGAGUGCGCGCGAGAAAUGCAGCGCGAGACACACACCGAGCAGCCCCAAUAAACCCCGCCGAAUCCACGCGCACGGGAAAAAAGACACUGGGAAAAACCAGCAGACGCCUGAGAAAGGAGUGACAGGAAAGUCCACCGCCGACGGUCAGAGGUAAAAUGGGAGGGAAGCUGAGCAAAAAGAAGAAGGGAUACAAUGUGAACGACGAGAAGGUGAAAGAGAAGGACGCAAAGACGGAGGGAGCGUCGGCGGAGGAGGGCGAAGCUCCUAAGGAGAACAAGGAGGAUGCUCCUGCCGCCACUGAGACAACCAAUGACACGGCGGCGGCCGCCAAAGAAGCCACGCCCACCGCCGAUAGCAACUCCACCGCACCCAAGGAGGAGGAGAAAAGCGCCGCCCCUCCGAAGAAGGAGGAGCCUGCAGCAAACGCUAACGCUCCUAAAGCUUCUGACGCCAAGAGCAGCGAGGCUGCCAAAGCAGAACCCGCCAAGAGUCCAGAUGCCCCUCCUGCCAAAGCGGAAGAAAAAUCCGCCCCUUCUGCAGCUCCGGCCAAUGAGAAAGAAGCUGCGAAAGAGCCUGCUAAAGAUCCCGCCCCUCCUGUAGCCACAGCGACGGAGAGCAAGCCCGACGCUGAGUCUAAAAAGACUGAGGCUCCGCCCGCAAAAGAAUCCGCCCCCGCAGAGCCAAUCACCACGGAGUCCAGCCCCGCCCCCAACAAGGAGCAAGCAGUCGCUGUGCAGGAUUAACAGAAGGAACAGUGAACGACAAGAUUAAUGACAAAUGAAAAACCAGAUCAAAUCUAAAUAAUUAAAACUAGCCCGCCCAUUUUAAAUUAUAUCAGUAAUUAUAAUAUGAAUAAUGAUAAUAGUAACAAUAACCAUAAUGAUUUUAACAGGCUGGACUUUGAUCAUUGUGUUGGUGAUGGACAUGAUCAUGGUGAAUAAGACUGGCAGUUAUGAUGAUAUUAUCUUUAAUAUCCAAUUGAACUUUGAUACAAACCACCAGCCCCCAACUCUCUCUCUCUCUCUUUAUCUCUUCUCACUUUUCUUUCUACCUCCAUUCAAUGAGGGGUGGAAUACAAACAUGGAAUCUAUUCAUUGCCACCCUCCGAAUCUCACUUCCCUCCAUUUGAGUGUGAUGUGAUGGCAGUGGGUGGGGUUAAUAUAUAUGUGUGUGUGUGUGUGUGUGUGCGUGUGUGUGUAUGCGUGAGUGACAAUAGUAGUAAUAGUAGUAGUCCAACUUCCCUGAUACAUAUUUCAUAUUUCCUGUUUGCUGCUUUCUAGUUAGUGAUUGGCAUUGUGUCUUUGCUUAUCUCCCGACUUUCCUACUUUCUUAGUUUCUCUCUCUCUCUUUUUCUCACAUAUCAGUGGAAACAAAAUCUGUGUAUAGCACAAUGCAUCAAACACACACAUACACACACGCACAGUAUUGAAUGUUAACAGUAUUAAUGUUUUUUAAAGGAACAGUUCACCCAAAAAUGAUGAUCUAAACCUGUAUGGCUUUUUGUCAUCCGCAGAAUGCAAAAAGAAAGAAGCUGAACGAGCGGCUCAUUUCCUUGCACGAAAGUGAAUGGGGACUACAUCUGUCAAGCUAGAUUUUGAGUAAAAAGCGAUUUAGAUUUCAAAGAAGACUUGGAAUAUAGUGUACAAGCCGUAUAGACUACUUUUGUGAAGCUUUUCUGGUGCUAUUUUGUCCUUUUUGGAGCUUGACAGACUUUGGUCCCCAUCCACUUUUACUGUAUAGAAAAGAGCAGCGUGCACAUUCUUCAAAACGUUUCCUUUUGUGUUAUACGCAAGAAAGUAAGUGAUACAGGUUUGACGUGAAGAUAAGUCAUUUUAAUUUUAAGGUGAACUAUCCCUUUAAUUGGAUGUUUGAAGGUUAAUUUGAAGUGUGUACAUGUGUGGAGGGAUCCGGGAGUAUGAAGUGAGUGUGUGUAUGGAGUUAUGCAUGGUAUGAGCAUGCAUUUUCUGCAUGUGUGUGUGUGUGUGUGUGUGUUAACGGAGUUCUGGUCUUUCUGUACUUUGAAAGCAGCAGAUGUCAUGAUGUCAGAGAGACAGAGAGAGAGAGCCCAGACCUCCAAACUCACCAAACAGGACACACUUCACACACACCGAUCUCUCAAUAUGCUGAUAGAACAAUGUGAGCGUUGUGUGUAGCUGUAUGUGUGAGGCUGUGUGUGUGUUUUGCAUGUCAGUGGUUGGCCCUAUUGUUGUGUAUUUUUGGUUGCUGUGGAGAUAAUGUUGCUACAGGUGAUAUUUCAUUUGAAUUAACAUACACUCUCUCUCUCUCUCUCUCUCUCUCUUUCUCUCUGUUUCUUUCUCUAUCAUUCCUUUUCUUUCCAAAAUUCCCUGGUAAAAUAAAAAAAAUAAAUAAAAUGGAAGAACUGAGAUAUAUGUACUUGUAUACAUGGAGCAACAUUAAUAAAAUGAAAGAAACAGAUUGAAAAUCA